UGCGUAAAUCUGCUCGUUUUAUCAGGGAUUUUGUCACAAUAUAACGUGCUACAUUUCAGUAAAAUUUACUCUGUGAAAGUGUUUCUAUGUGUUGUUCUGCCAUCUUAGUUUAUUCAUCGUUUUCGCUAUCAUGCUGAUCAUCCGAGGUUGGGGUUAAAGAAUGUAGCAAACGAGAUGGGGCAGUCGUUGUGUGUAUGUUCCCGUGGCUCCAUGACCAUUGACAACAAAAAAUAUUAUUUUGUUCAGAAACUUGAUGAAGGAGGCUUCAGCUAUGUUGACCUGGUUGAAGGGGCAAAAGAUGGGCGUUUUUACGCCCUGAAGAGAAUCUUGUGUCAUGACCGGGAAGGUCGCAAGGAGGCUCAGACCGAAGUGGAAAUGCAUCAGAUGUUCAGUCAUCCCAACAUCCUAAGCUUGGUGUCACACACUUUCGUCGAUGCUGGAGGGAAGACGGAAGCCUGGCUCCUUUUGCCGUAUAUGAGUAAAGGAAGUCUGUGGUCUGUUCUGGAGAAACUAAGAGACAAAGGGAGCUCAAUGCCUGAAAAACAGAUUUUGCAAAUCUUCCGUGGAAUUUGUUCUGGAUUGAAGGCUAUUCAUGAAAAAGGCUACGCACACAGAGAUCUAAAGCCCACAAAUGUGCUUCUGGAUGAGAAUAACAAACCGUUACUGAUGGAUCUGGGCUCCAUGAAUCGUGCGAGAAUUGAGGUGAAAGGAUCCAGAGAGGCCAUGACCCUACAGGACUGGGCGGCCCAGCGCUGCACCAUUUCCUACAGAGCUCCUGAGCUCUUCCACGUAGAGAGCCACUGCAUCAUAGAUGAGCGCACUGAUAUCUGGUCGCUCGGCUGUGUGCUGUACUGCAUGAUGAUGUUGGAGGGCCCUUAUGAUCUGGUGUUUCAGAAGGGCGACAGCGUUGCUCUGGCUGUCCAGAAUCCAGUCAGCAUCCCGCCAUCUUGCAGGUAUUCAUCAGGUCUGCAGGUGCUGCUCAGCUCCAUAAUGGUCUCAAAUCCCCAAGAGCGACCGAACAUCAGUUGGGUGCUUGACCAGGUUCAAGACCUGCAAAAUCGCAGUCCGAACACCGAAACCAACAUGGUCUGAUCGGAUCCACUGUAUGCAGAGACCAAACCUUUACACGCCUCAGUGAACUUCUCUUUUUUUGUUUGUUUGAAGAAUUAAAUCUAAAAAGCUGGUUUUCCAUGGGACGGUUGGCAACAAAAGCCUCAUCCUCCACUUUAUCUGAUCAAAGCUUUCUUUUAGCCUUUAUUUUAACUCACUAAAUUAUUUGAAGAAUGUGAAAUGCCUUAAAUCUAUAAAUAUUUUCCACAGUGCAAUUAUUUCUGGUGAUGUCAGAAAAAAAAUGCUUCUUUUUUUGGCAACCUUUAUUUUGAAAAAUCUGUGUAUUUGUUCUUCCUGAGACCUAAAUGAGGUGCUGCUCAUGUGUCUGAUGGCUCCAUGUGUUUUGGAUCCACCUCACUUUAAAAUUUGCAGUGGAGACAGAUUUGACCAGCUUUGUUUGAAAGCAAGAGAAUCAAAUCCAAGCAUAUUUAUGUGGUUGUUUCGUUUCGGUUAAUUCCGUGGAGAAAAGUGAAGAAAUAAUUCAGUGAAUGCAAGAAACUGCAACUAUUUUUGUCCCCCAGAUGGAGCAAGGCUCACUAUUAUCCUUUUUAUUAGUUCUUCUAAGUUGACGUCUACCCUCUAGUGGCAGCAGCUUUAACAACUAUUCUUCUAAAAAUGUAUAAACUUUUGUUUAAAGUAGUAUUUUUAGAUUUUGAUAUGAAACGAAAACGUACACAUUAAAGCUCUGCUUUGGAUUUCGGAUUACUUUCACUUCUGGGCUCAUGUAAUUCAAUAAUUCAGUUUUAUUUAUUUAGCCCACCAUUACAACACGGUUGUGUCAAUGAGCUUUAGUAAUUGUACAUAACAUAAAUGAGUUAUAAAAUACAAUAGCUAAUUGUUCGUUUACUCCUUUAGGGAUUAAUUUUAGGAGUUAAAUGCUGCUCACUUUGUCUUUUAUAUUUCAGGAAGCUUCUAUGUUCAUUCCAGUGACUGUUCAUGUUCUGUCUAGAGGAGCACCAUGUUUAUUCUUUUAUUUAAAAAAAAACAAGGCUGUCCUUCGAUCACAAUUGUUACAAACUGUAACAUCUGUUUAUUUUAAGUUGGAAAUAAUUGAGGGAAUAUAUUUUUCUGUCACUUCACUUUGUAUUGUGUUUUUAAACAGUCUUUUCCAUUCCACUGAUUCCUGUGUUUUAUUCUUGUUUUCUUUGUAAUAAUCAGACUUGUGUUCUCUCAGGGUUCUCCCAUAAUCCUCUGGCUUUCGUUUCUGAACCUAAACUCUACCUUUAAAAUGUCUUGACAGUAAAAACCUUUUGGGCAUUUAAAUUGAAUGCUUUUUUUGUGACUGUAGUGCAGUAAUUUAGGACUGUUUGACCACCUUUAAAAUAUUCUGCUCAGUUAGCUUGUAGACAUCAUAUUUGAACUGUAUUUUGGGAGUACUAUACAAUGUUUGAGGAUACUAUGUGUUAUUGCAAAGUUUGGAUUUAGCCAGUAUAAUGAACUGUUGUGUUGUUGUGAACCGCAAAUUGAAAAAGGUUUAAUGCUGCAUCCGAAAGACAAAAAGUUCUAUUCGUAUUGGUAAAGGUACCAGAUAUUAUUGUGUGCUUUUGAUGAUGAUGAAAAGUCCUUUAUUCAUAUUUUAAAACACAAAUAAAGAGAAAAUAUCUACA